GCGACCGGCAGGCCCUGGUCGGGUGCCUUCAGAGACAUCGUCUGGCGGCACAGGUGGAGCAGGAGAAUCAAUGGACAGAGCUGGACCGACGCCAUCAGCAUCGACACACUGGGCUCUGCAUCAUCAGCACUCUACUUCAGGUGCGCACGACAGCUGGCGUGAGAGUCAGAGGGAGGGAGAGAGUGGUGCAGGGGUGGGGAGCCGUCUGGCCCCACCUCCUCACCCGUCGUACAACCCACCGAGAGAGAGCAUCUGGGGGCUCAACAAGCACGCACCUCUCCCUCCUUCCUCGCCAGCAGCUCCUCCAGAUCAACCGAGGUUGGCUUACGAAGCGCAGGAUCCCGAUUACGAAGACGGCCACCCGCGACCCCCAGUGCCCAUUUAUCGAGCAAACGAGAUCUCCUCACAAGGCAUCAAAGGGCAAAGGCCACCGUCGCGCUCGCACCCUACGUACGCUCCUCUCUCGCAAGCACCUUCGUCCUCGUCGGUCGAAGCUGAGCGAAGCUAUAUGUAUGCGCCCGCCAGCAUCCGCAACCGUCUCGCUGCCAUGCGCAAAGGUCCCGCCUCGCCGCCUCCUCCGACAUCGCACCGUGGGCUGGAGACCCCGGCAUCAUCAGCCCCCUACCACCACCACCAUCAUCACCACCCUGCCUCGCCUUACGCACCCCAGCCCCCGCCCCCACAUCAUGAUGGCUUCGCAGUCGGGCCUCCGCCCACGCACUGGCAUGACCCUCGUGCCUUCCCGCCCAUGAGUCGGGAGUAUCAAGCUGCUGCGGCGGCUGACAUGGAUGAUGAUCGUCGCAAUUCGCUCGAGGGGCCCAACAAGUACAAGAAGCGCAGCCGUGCUCCAGCUCCCUCCUCGUGCAAGAACUGCGGGACAAACGAGACGCCAGAAUGGCGUCGUGGUCCUGAUGGAGCAAGGACGCUGUGCAAUGCUUGCGGUCUCCACUUUGCAAAGAUGGUCAAGAAGCGCGGCCCGCACGCUGACGGACCCACUGGCCUGCCUGAUGAUGAGCUGCCCCCUUACCACGGUGGCGCACCACCACCUGCCAAUAUGCUCCCCCCACCAUCGAGCAUGGGCGCCCCGGCACUCGUCCACCCAUCCGCAUCUGGCCCUCCUCCUCCUGGGCCGCUGCACCACCCUCACCAUCCUGCUCACCUCCCGCAUGAGGCAAGGAUGCUCUACGCCUCCGACGGGGCCGCAGGAGGGAGUGCGCCACCGCUGCGACCUGGAUCGUCUGGGCAUCAUCAUCGCUGAUUCACCCAGCUUACCCCUCUACUACUUCGCUUCGCCAAAUAUUCUCUCACUCUUUUCGACACCGCCCCUCUCCCUCUUGCUCGACUCGCCCCCAUCAUUUCACAUCGCUACACUUCUCGCGCUCCGUUGUAAUUCUCCCGCCCUUUUUCUUCAAGCACCAACGAAACGAAGCAAAAGUCUCGCUCGGCCGCAGGACGGACAGCUGCUGAAGGAAGGCAGUGAAGGGUCCGACAAUGUAAAAGCGCAAGAGGCAUCACCAGCAGCGCCUAGCAGCUGUUGUGCAGACAGAGGCAUGGAGCAGUGAUCGUCGUCGUGGCCGCAUAGAGCAGCGCCAUACUUCUCGAUACUCUUCUUUCCACCAAACCCGCUUUCUCUAAUCUCAAUGCACUGACAUUCUCCUCGCGCU